ACUUACAAUACACAGCUCUACGAAGGAAGGGGUUGGGUUAGGAACGUUUUCAAUAUUAUUUUUUCCCGUAUUUGUUCUAUGAGAAAUGCGAGUCUGUUUUGUCCACUUUCUCCAUCCCCCUCUAUCAAAAUGAUAAAAAAGCAAGGCGAGCUUGCUUUCUUAUUCCCGUGUUCGAUCUCUUACAUCUCUGCCUCGCUCCUUGUCACCUAUGUUGAAGAAAGGUUUGGAACCCUGUAGAGAAUGAAGAGGGGCCAAGGAACGAAGUUGCUCGCAUUUUAAUUAGAACAAGAAGGAGAGGAACGAAUAUACUCGAACUUUGUGAGAGGGGGGAAUGAACUCUCAACAGUGCUUCUUGAGGCUCCACUCUCCCCCCUGAAUAAGUAAGGCCUCCUUAGCCUGGGCGAAGAUGGGGAUAAGGAAUAAGGAUUGAAGCCCUUUAGCUCUGCCAGGCACUGGGCAGGGGUUAGCUCUCUAAAUGUGUAGAGGGGUGUUUGACUAAAUUAACCUACUCCUAAGGUAAUAUAAACAACCAACCAAGUGGUUGGGAGGAUGCUUAGAGAUAAGAUGGUUUCCUAGGGUCGAAUCCACCUAGCUAAGGUUGUAAAGUACAGUUAAUCGAAUGUGGUGAGUGAACUCUUUUCCGUGGGCCUUCAUCGUUAUCCACACGCCUCCGGGUACGCCUCCCCUAAACCAUUGUUCCAGUCACCUCGAUCUAGGCUAUUGUAUAUGGGGCAUUAAGUAUAUGGCUCAUUUCAAUUGACACUAUCCAUCGUUCACACCAAUGUUUUAUCCCAGGUUUCACCUAGGAAAGCCACCUAUAGCAAGGGUACGGUUUCAUAGACCACUAUAGGACCCCAUUCACAGAUCUAACCUAAACUCGCUAGAUGGCGCAUACCCGUCUAACACUAGAAUUCCAUACCCAGCGUGGUAGGUUAAAGCAGGCUAAAAUCGAAGAUUGGGGACAGUUGCCCAAGCGUCAUCAUUUAGGAAAGAGUGACAUUAAAAUCAACUAGGCAAACACGUUCAUUCAUUCAUAACCCAAACAUUCACAACCUACAACUAGGGUUCAUCUACCCUAAACAACCACUAGAGAUUCAGGUCAUUAGAGAGAAGAAGAAAAUACAAACUAGAAGAGGAGAAUGAUGGAAUGAAGCUUCUUCUCCAUGCUGCUUGCACAUUCUCCUUGCUCGUUGGGUUGAAUGGAUCUUCAAUGAAGCUCUCCCAAGGUAUUUAUCUCUCUAAAGCACUCCAAAACCCUAAUUUUCUCACUCCAAGGCAGCUCUCUUUUGAAAAGUGCUGCAAGUGAGGUAUUUAUAGAAAGCUAAUGGCGGUCAAGGCCUCCAAGUUGUGACCAGGGCGUGACAAGCUGGAACAUCUCCGAAUCUCCCGAAACGAUGCGUUUGUCCCUGUCUUUAAGUUUCGAGAUCGCAGCCUCCUUCACGAGAUCACGACCGAGAUCAUUUGUGUCCCGGGCGUGAUCUUUAUCGCGCAAAAAAUGCACCAUGACUGCGAUCCUGGUGAGGAAACUUUCUACCUUCUUCUUGGUCGCCUGUUGGAUAUCGUGGCCACUGUUCGCGGCCACGAUCACAGGCCGCGAUCAUCAUCAUGGCCUGGUCAAGGGCAGUGACCUGUGCCCGUGACCAAUGCUUUUUCUCCCCUUUUUGCUCCUAUGCUUCCCAAUCACGCUCGGAUGAACUCCAAUCGAUUCACGAUCAAUCCCGAAUGAAUAUAAGACCUGGAAUUUCAUAAAAAAAACACUUGAGAAAGCAUAAAAUACCACAAAUGUGGGUCGUUUCCCAUUUGAAAACCUUCGUAUCAAGAAUACCUACGACAAAAUGCAUGUUUUGCCAAUAGGAACGAAAAUGGGCAUAAAUAACUCGAUAUGUGGCCUAGACACGGUGAUUUAGCAUGAAAAAGCCUUGAGAAUAGAGGCUAGAUAACACCUAUUUUAGUUGUUAUUAGACUCCAACAUAACAUAAUACACCACUCAAGUGAUAGCCUUAGAAGGUGUUUCUACCAAUUUUAGACAAUUCGCUUAAUCAAUACUGAAUGGAGUUAAACUCGCCCAUAUAUAGGAUGUACAACGAUUUGAUCCGUAUCAAACUAGAUCAAACCAACAUUUGGACAAGAACAUACCGAACCAAACAUAAUGUUAUUCGGUUUUUGGUCCCAUAGAUUUUAUAAUUAUUGAAAAAAAUAUAUUGAAGUGGCAUUUGGACCAGAUCAAAGGAAAUGCAAAGUUGGUGCUUGGUUCAAAUUGGACCGCAUUUUUCAUGAGUUUGCUACGAUUCGAACCAAACACCCCACAUAUAUGUAAGUAUUUUAUGAUGUACACAAAUAAUUGUGACAGAAAAUAAAUUAUUCGAACAUGUUACUUUUGCUUUGGCCCAUAUGUUUCAGUUAGAUCUGCGAACUGAAUUAGCACCCAACAGCCACCCAGGAGGAAAUUGAUUCCCUUCUAAAAGCAUGAAAACCUUCUGAUGUUAACCUAUAACAAAUUCAAUUCAAUUCCCUUAACUUUGAAAUUUAUUCAUGACAAAACAAGAAGCUAGAUAGUAGGCAACACCGACCAUACUCUCUUAAUACGUUGUGUUUCCUAAUUUUUGUUCUAUCAAAAGACUCUGCUACAGAACACAUCUACAUGGAAUGGGAUAGGGUGGUUAUUUGUUUACUUGUAAUCACGUUGGGAACCUUUUUAUCUACCAUUUAAUUUCCUAUUUUUCCUUCUUUUUUAAUCUUACAGUAAAUAUUCUUUUAGGGUAAUUUUGGAAAUGAAAAAGUGACCACAUCCGAUUAUUCUAUAUAAUCUAUCUAAACCAUAGUUCUACCCUCCCUCCAGCCAAACCUGCCGCAGCCGCAAGCUCCCAUCUACGUCGAGAGGAAGGAUUAUAUUGUCCAGCUCCGCUAAUCGCCUCCACCACUCCCGUCGCACUAAUCCCGCCAGCCGCCUACACCAGCCCUGACGAGGAUGACUCCGUGCAGGCGACGACGACUCUGUGCAGCCCACGACACCAUUGCCUUUCUCUCUGGGUCGGGCAGUCAGUGAUUGUUUGUUUCUCGGUUGGUAAAUCGACGAGGAGUUCGAUGACUCCCUAUCAUUUCCUGGUUCCUCCUACUCUGAUUGAACAUGGCGCACCGGCGAGGUUGAUUUCACCUCCUCCGGAUCUUGUCGGCGAGCAACUGGUUAAGGCUCCACAGUGCAAUUGGUGAAGCCUCCAAUCGUAUACCACCUUGGUGAGAUUUGUAUGCAUUAGUAGUGAUUUAUUGUUUUGGAAGUUGUCUUCUCACAUGUGUAGUAUGGCGUGGAAUGGUAGUGUUCAUUAGUAUGCUUGCAAUGGAAGUGUUCUAGUUUUAUGCAUGCUAGUGGUUGGACUUUUUGUGAGUUUAUUGCGCACUGAUAUGUUUCUUAUUGUAGAGCCGCGUCUUCUCUUGCAUUGGUAUUGGUACAUCCCUUAUAUAACAGUAGUAUCUUCCAUUGAUUCCAAUCUUGCUUCAAUGAGUAAUGUGUUUUUUGUUACCAUAUCUCAAUUUUAGGUUUGUCGAGAACCAAGAACUCCAAUCGUGGAGGGUCAAGAAGCAAGAAUCUUGUAAACUAUAUCAAUCGUUAGUUGCAGGUCGGAGAUGGUCACUUACACACAUGACCUAAAUUAAUACCAAACUAAUCAGACACAACAAUACGUUGCACAAUAAGGAACAAUUAAUAUCAAUUCAAUAAUGAUCAUCAUGAUACCAAUACCAAUCCAAUGAAUACCACCACAAUUAAUCCAACUUUAAAUUUAUACUAAUACAAUCCGUACAUAUUUAAGAUCACUAUCAGCACAACCAUACAAAAUGAGUAACACUACGAAUCCAAACCUCACAGAACCCUACACGAUGGUUUAAUUGCUAUAAUAAUCACUUUCUGUAAUUAUCUCUCUAAUUAUCACAUAAUUAAUAUAUUAGUUAUACGAGGAUUCAAACCAUGGUCAUUUUCUAUUUGUUUCUCAUAAUAAUCUAUUUGUUUCUCAUUUAUUCCUAAAAAAAUAAAGACAUACGAGGAUUCAAACCAUGGUCAUUUUCAACAAUGACAAUCAUCUUAACCAAUCAAACUACAUAGAUUAGUUGUAUCAUUUCAAAUACACAACAUACAUAAAGCUAAAAUUCAAAAAUCACAGAACUUUCAAUGGUUAGCUAAGGUCACUGAAUCUUUCUUAGAUACUAAUUGGUGUUUUGAUAUUCAAUUUUCAUAAUUAAUUAUUUUAAUUAUAUUUUAUUACUUAAUUUAAAUUUCUAUUUAUCUUAUAAAUAGAGGAACUUUAAAAUUAUAGACCAAAUAUCAUUGGUUCAAUAUUACAUAUCGAAUUGCAAUAUCGAAUUUGUAUAAGCAAUAUUGAACUCUUAAAUUAGUAUUAGUUUAUGGAACUACUAUGAGGCAAUCAUAUUUAUAUCUCUCUACAAACUAUAUGGGGACAGGUUCUUUGAACUUUUUAGCUCAGCUAACCAAUAAGUUUUAAACAUCUUCAUAAUCCGUCAGGCAUGUUUGGAUCUAACAAUCAUUAGACAAGUUUGAGUUUAAUAGGUUGGUUUAUUUCAUCUUUUUUUAUGUAUUAAAAUAAAUUUGUACAGCAAAGACUUGUCUACAUAUACACUCUACACAAUAUAUACUACUCGCAUGAUAAAAUUGUCAUCUCAUUUCAAAUUACUACAACAAGAGCAAAAGUAUGAAUGACAUUUUUAUUUUUGUCAUUAUUUAUCUUUAUUUUGUAUAGAAAAUAGAAAAGUAUUGGGAUUUGAACUAAUGUAUCUUCAAACACAGACAAGAGUCAUAACCAUGAUAGUCCAUUUGAGUUUGACUCUGUUGGUCGAACCAAUUGUACCUAAACAUGAGUAUCUCAGCGGGUGCCGAAGGCCCAGUUGGUUGUCUACUAGGGCUCGGCCAAACCCAUGAAAACCCAAUCAAAUCGAGAAAUCCAACCGAUUUAACAAACUGAUUUUUGAGCACCGGGCCACUUCAAAACGAAGUUGUUUCAACAAUUUGUAUACGUAGCUACGCUGUCAUAUCAUCCUUUUACUUAUCAGAAAACCCUACAACAUGGAACAUCACAGACCAUGUUCGACUAUCCCUUCGUCCUUCUUCUUGCUUUAGAUUCGAGAGCCUAUAAAGACCAAACCAUCUCAAAAGCCAUCAUAAUCCCGCAAUAAUAAAAUUUCAUUUUUCUCCAGCUGCACAGUCAUAGAGCCAGUCGACCUCAUCUAAUACAAAUAAGAAGCAAAAAUUAAUAGAGGAACAUGCAUUUGAGUUGAAACUUUGUGUGACUAACAUAGGCCAAAUUCCUCAUUUUAAUUAUUGUUUAAUACUUAAUUUAAAUUCCUAUAUAUCUUAUAAAUAGAGGAUAACUUUAAAAUCACGGCCCAAAUAUCAUUCGUUCGAAUAUUCCAUAUCGAAUUGCAUCAUUAAAUAUGUAGAAGUGAUGUAUAAUUCUUAAAUUAAUACUAAUUUGUAUACCUACUAUGAAACAAUCGUAUUCGUAUCUUUGUUUAAUCUAUAUGAGACUGGUUAUUUGAACAUUUUAGUUCGGCUAACCGUCAAAUUUUAAACAUCUUCCUAUUCUGACAUGAUUGCAUCGAACAAUCAUUAGGUGUUUAACAAUUUGGUUCAUUUCACCUUCUUUUAAUGUGCUAAUGGAUUGUAGGAAAUGACAUGUCUUUACAUACACUCUACACAAUAUGUAAUACUGAAUGAGAAAAUUUAUAUCUUAUUUCAAAUUUACUACAACGAGACCAAAAGUAGGAAUGCUAUUUUUACUUCAUAAUUCUUUUACAUAAAUUACCAACUUCCAAAAUCCAGAAAUUGUAGCUCAAAAUAAAAAUCAGAGCAUCGAAAAUCAUAUUUCAUAAAUGUUAUUUCAUAUAUCACUUAUUUGAGAGAUUUUUCUCUCUUUAAACAAAGUAAAAUGAAACAAGUUAUAGCCAAAUCAACAAUUUGCCUCAAAGACAGUGACCCGCUUGUUUGUUGGAGAAAGGAAUACAUGCGCUGGCGUCGAAGAUCUGGAGAGAAAAAAUAAAAUGGAUACAUGCGACACGAGAUCUAUAAAGUUGUUGAAGAUUUGGAUGAACGGUAAAAAAAGCUUCCUACUUCCGAUGAUUCACCACGAGUUCGUGAAUGGUACCGUCAACUUAGGAAACAAAGAAUCGAAGGGUGGAUAAACCAUGCAUUUAUUUCUCCUUUUCUUUUGAAUAAAAUUAAACUAAAAACUUCAAUAAAAAAACUAAAAUAAUAUCUUAAAAUGCAUGCAUUUAAACAAUAUAUCAAUUUAUAAUGCACGUUUGUAUAGAAUGCGCUCAUUCUAACAAUCGCAAAUACCAAUUACCUCCUAAUAACUUAAAAAUUAGGCGUUAUGACUUUUUUUUUUUUUUUUACGAGCCUCUACCUUGGUAUUGGAGCGAGUGAGCAUCUAAUGUUAGGCGUCAGGCACUACGUCUACUCGUUGGUUUUGGCCCAAAACUUUUGGACUUACUUACCAACUUGGUCUUAAUAAGUGAGUGUGAGAUGAUUAACUGGCUAUCACUAACCCUAUCAUAUCAUGAUUAAUCAACAAGGCCUCUUGUCAUUUUCAAUUUGCAUCUUCGCAGGAAAACAAACUAGCUAGCUAGCUAGCAAUAGGAUGCAUAAUUUUACAUAUAUAUUAUUUACGUUAAAGCGAAUGACCUUAUCUUCCCCUUUUCUCUAAUACUUCAAAUAUUGGACGCAAAGUAUAAUUCGCUAUCAAAUACAUCACAACGCAUAACCCAUUACAAAAUUAAUAUUAUCUUUGUCCCUAUUCCAUUCCAACCAGUAGCACUCAAGAGUCGAGAGAGCACAUCCUCCUCUCCUCUUAACCACACAGAAAUUAUUUAUCAGUAAAAAAUGGGCCUAAGCCCAGAUAUAUAAACGAGUCUAGUCCACCAAAAUGAGAUGACGUUAAUAUUCUUAUAUAUUUAAACAGCAAUUACAAUUGUGUCAGUUAUUAUUUUAUUUUUUUACAAAGCUAUCAAACGUAAAAUUUGUUGUUUUAUGUGUUUUGGUCUGAUUCUUCGUGAUUAAGCUAAAACCUAAUCUUUUUUCUGCCCUCUUUUUCUCCUCCUCCUGCCCCCACAAAUUCUAUCACCAAACAAAAAAAUAAAUAAAUAACAAUUUACAUAAAGCAGAGAGGAAAAGAAAAUAAAGGCAAACUGAAAAGAGAGAUCCCCACCCACCAUAUAUCCCAUAUUAUUUUGACACCUUACUCACAACAACAGUAUUACACUAUACAGUGCUUAACUAGAAAAAUCUUUUUUCCCAACCAAUUGGACCAUACUGCCCUUCACUUUCCAACCCCAGCUCCACUUAUAAAUACCCAAACCCAACACUUCAUCCUUCCCUUUUCCCCUCCUUCCUUCCCUCCGGUUCACUCCCGAAAAAAAACCGGGUUUUCUCUCCCUUAAUCAUUUCGGUUUUGCUAGCUUUCCUUAUCUGGCAAUGUAUGCAAGCGAGUUGUUGGAUAUCCCGGUUCACACGGUCGAACCGGGGUUCACCGCCCACGAGCUGCAGGAGCUCCUGUCCUUCUUCGAUCACCAACCCAUCAUGACGACGACCACCACCACCACGGGCAGCCCGAACUCGAACUCCGGCUCGGAGGGGUCGAACCGGUCGGUCUACAACGUGGACGAGAGGAAGCGGAGGCGGAUGGUGUCGAACCGGGAGUCGGCCCGGCGGUCGAGGUGGAGGAAGAAGAGGCAUUUGGAGAAUCUGACCGAGCAGGCGAACCGGUUGAGCCUGGAGAAGGAGGAGCUGAGGUACGCUUUGGGUUCGACCCUGAGCCAGUGCAACGUGGUCUGGAAGGAGAACCAGCGGCUGCGAACCGAGUCGGUCGCUCUCCGCGGGCGGCUCACCUAUUUGUGCCGCACGUUGGCCGCCAUGCACGGCCAUGCAGUGAAUUAUAACGGCGCCCUAAAUCAUUCGGACCAUUCAUAAAUCGUAAACCCGACCCGUUAUAAAAAGCAACAAUUUUUUUGACCAAAUAAUUGGAGCUCCAUAGCUGAACUGAUGAUCAACAGAAGCAAAGCCAAGCGAAGCGAAGCGCUCUCUCUCUAUAUAUAUACAUUACAUAUAUAAUCACUCUCUCUCUGUCUCUAGGAUGGCGGAUUUUGACAAGAGCCCACGUUGUUAUAGCAUGUAAAGUUAAAGGAGUCGUCAGCUUUUUUGUUUUUUCAUUUUAUUUUUAUAAUUAUGGGGUCAUCUUUUUUUCCUCAAAACCUUCUUUCCAUCUACUUUUCUUUUCUUUUGCUUUGCUUUCUAGCUUUUUUUUUUAAUUUUAGUUAUUAUAAUUUGUGGUUAUCACUUAUCAGGAGAGGAGCUAAAACAGUGGUCAGUUGUAAGUUGAUUAGUCGUAAGUGCGAUUGAUCGUGCAUGAGAUGAGAUGAGAUUCCUUUGUAAAUAUUAUUAUUAUGAUAUAGUUUAUUGAUAUUUGGAGGAUUUUGGUUGUAUUAAUUAAUUUGUCCCUUUCCUGCGUACUCGGGGUAUAAUAUAUAUGACAAUCACAU